AACGGACUUUAAUUUCUUCUAAUCUUUGACUACGGCAAUUUCUUUCUCAUUUCUCUCUACGAUCUGGUUCAUCUAAAUGGUAGAAACAGCUGCGCAGGACUUGUCGGGAGCCAACUCUUUCUGGUUUUGGGAUUUGAUUCCCUGCCCAAAAAAAGGGACAAGAAAGUUCUGGGUUUGAUUGGCGACAAAUACCAAGUGCAAAAGCUCUGAACGAAUUAAGCAUAGUACUUCGAAUUACAGACUUGGCUGGGGAUUUGAUGUAACUGCGCAAGUUUCAGUUUUUGUUGAUUGGUACGGAAGACUGUGCGCGAAGAUCCCUUCAGGUUAUGUUGUUUCAGAACUCGUAACGGAUUAUUCCCCAAUAAUAGCCCUCCCACGGCUCGAUAUAUUGACGUAUCGGAAGUCAGAUCUAAAAUCCCGGAAAAACUUUUUCCGUUGUUGGUAUGUGAGUUCCACAACUUAUUAUUUUCAUUUUGGGAUAAAGAUUUGGAUUUUAUAGUCCUGCGUGAGAAAACAGUAGCUCCUUCUCUUACGUUCUCGAUCGAGCUUUGUCUCUUUGCUUUGAGUCUAAGAUCAGAGAGAGUUCCGCCACACGGCUACAGAAAAAAGUGGUGGGAGGGAGAGUAGAUGUGGCCAUGGCUGGUUACAAUGAAGCAAAUCAGACUGGUUCUGGCUACUUUCAUCACUUGCUCAUACCCGAACUGCACCUCCGGAGACCGCCCAUUUCUACUAUUAACCCUCAGCAUCAACCCAGCUCCCAGCAAACCUCUGAUUCCAACAACUCCUCUGAUCGAGACCAGAUGCCCGACGCCGAUGCCCAAGCCACUAGUAGCUCCGGUGCAGCCACCACUUCCACUCGCAGACCACGCGGCCGUCCUCAAGGCUCGAAGAACAAGCCGAAGCCACCGAUUAUCGUAACGCGGGACAGCCCCAGCGCCCUCCGAUCCCACGUCCUGGAGGUGUCGAAUGCCGCCGAUAUCGUGGAGAGCGUUUCGAAUUUUGCGAGGAGAAGAGGGAGAGGAGUCUGUGUGCUCAGCGGAACUGGGAUGGUGGCGAACGUUACUCUGCGGCAACCUGCGGCUCCGGCACCGGGGAGUGUGGUGACGCUGCACGGGAGGUUCGAGAUUCUGUCUCUUUCGGGGACCGUGCUCCCACCUCCGGCACCUCCUGGUGCUGGGGGGUUGUCAAUAUUUUUGUCUGGUGCACAGGGACAGGUAGUUGGGGGAAGUGUAGUGGGACCCUUAAUGGCCUCGGGUCCGGUGGUUUUGAUGGCUGCGUCGUUUGCCAACGCCGUGUUCGAACGUCUAUCUUUGGAUGUGGAGGAAGCUGGGGCCGUGCAAGUCCGACCCACUGCAUCACAGCCUUCGGGAGUGACUGGAGGCGGGGGGCUCCUUGGGGAGGGUGGGGGUGGAGGUACUGUUUCUCUUUCUAGUAUGGGAGCUGGGAAUAUGGGGAAUUUUCCAUUUUCGGGUGAUCUGUUUGGCUGGGGUACUGGGAGUAGUACUGCUCCAAGGCCUCCAUUUUAAUUGGUCUUGAUUCCAAGUGAGAUAUAUAUAUAAUACUGGAAAUGUUAGACUUGAGUAAUUAUCAGGGAUAUUGGAGAAGCUAGCUAGGAGGAGAAUUAAGAAGAUCAUAUAUGGUCAGAUCAAGAGAUCACCCUGUAAAGUUUCCUUCAGCUUUUUAGUUAAAAAUUGUUCGUGAU